AUCAACAAGCGAUAUGGAGCGCUGUUAUUCCGAUAACGUAAGUUACAGYGCUCGCUGCGAGCUUCCUUUGGCCCAUGGAAUACCUAUUGUGAUCAUUAAUUUUCUGYUAGUUUUUAUUGGGACGUUUGGUAACUUCCUCAUCAUCUUUGCCGUCUUAAACACUCCAAAAUUACGCCACAAGAUCUCAAACUAUCUUCUCUUGAGUCUCGCUGUUGCUGAUCUUUUCGUCACGAUGUUUGCACAGCCACUGAAUGCAACUUCAGUAGCGUUCACGACUUUUCGAAAGUGCUGCAUCCCAGAAAUCGAUAUGGCYUACGACUUUGCAGGAAACUUUUCUGUGUUCUGUUCGUUGUUCCAUUUGGCAUCGAUCAGCAUAGACAGAGCACUUGUCGUAMGAMAWCCACACCAGCACCACGAUAUAAUGGCCAAAUAUGGGUUAAAAAUMAUGUUGCCCUUGUGCUUUGGAGGAGCAUGCAUUCUUGCAAUCRUCCGAUUCAUGUCCGCGUCUGCACUUUUUCUAUCCAUAGGUCUUGGAUUCUUUAACUUUGCAAUAAUCAUUGCUUCGUAUGCUGUGAUCUUGUACGAGAUCAAACGUGAACGACUAGCCACUCAUGAUACAAGGGGAACAGGAUCCAUCUCGUCGCGGGACGCCCGCAUGGAGAAAAGGGUCGCGGGAACAAUUGCCAUAAUUAUCUUCUUUUUCUCUCUGUGCUGGUUUCCACUGCUUGGGUAUUAUAUCAGUGUAAAGAGAGCCGUUUUAAGAGAAAUGGGAGGCGUUACUUAYAUGUGGAUUCGAACCCUUGUACUUUCAAACUCCUCGAUGAAUUUCAUUGUCUACAGCUGUCGUAUCCAGCAGUUUCGACACGCUUACUUAAGGAUUAUCAACGRAAUCUUGCAAAGACCUAGAGAGGCCCUCGGAAUCCAUGGUAAGUUUGGAACUACGACGGUCAGCGGAGGAGCAGUGUCGUGUAGCAAAGAUAACGAYAUCAUGGARCUCACAACCCCGUCAGGCGUCUACACCAAGACCGACAAACCCAAACAAAAUGAGAAAGAAAUAAAAGGAGAAAAUAACAAUGGGAGGGAAGUGGAAAGUGGGAAAGAACCAAGUGAUGGCGAUGUUGUCGUUGAAGAUUUCAGCAACGCAGGGGAAGACCCUACUGACCCUCAAGAAACGACCGUAGCAUCAGUUCGAUUUGAUUCAACGGACGAUAAAGAAUCCAGUAGUUCAUCGUCAGAAGAGGAGGAAGUUGAAAUUCCGACGGCUACUCCAAAAGUCACAUUUAACGGUGAAUUAGAAACUUUGGAAUUUGAUCAAAAUUCUAAAGUAAAAAGCAAAUCUUUAACAAGGAAUUCCAAAAAAUUCAAACUGGAUAAAAACUAAUGAUUAUGAUACCUUAGGAUGUUUKUAUACAGACAURCUAGCGCUCAUUCUAAGGUUAUCGCGUCAUAAAGACAUGAUUUAUGCCSGUAAAGAGGAGGUCUCUGUUUGCAUGAGAAUACUUUGUAUUCGACCGCAAGCUGCCCGUACAAUGGAGRUGUCCGUAUUAUAAAAAUGCUCAUACAACUUAAAGCGUCCGUUUUAGAGAGUUCCUGUCUUGCUAAUUGUUCUGUUUUGACAUGAAAAUUCUUGUUUUUCAUCACUGUUGAGAAAUGCUUAGUGAACUUUAGAAAUCCUAUCAAUCACCCGAAUUUUCAAAGCUAAAACAAAACAAUUUCUAACACGAAAAAAAUAAAUAAAUUAAUAAUGAUCGAAUUUAUGACUACGUUUACUGCAAGAAUUAAAUAAAACUUUCACUGAAAGAUAAUUUUACAUGUAAAUAUCAAUAGUUAUACAAUAAAUAACAAGAACAAACACGUCUAGGGUUAGUAAAAGUAAAUACUGUAUAAAAAGUAUUCGAUCGAAUUUGGUUCAGUAUUUUUUUAGAAAUGAAAUUCGAGCAAAAAUAUUAGCAAGUGACUAAUCUGACGAGUAAUUGCAAACGUUUUUGUAGAAAAUAGUGUAUUAUUCAAUACAAUUCACCAAUAAUUUAUUGUGCAAUCGUUGUAAAUAAAAGUCUUCAAUAAUGA